GUGUCAUCUAAGCUGUCAAGUUCUACUGAUCACAUUUCUUCUUUUUUCUUCCUGUUCUUUGUUUUUGUAGCUGGUAACUUAUGGCACAUGCAAUGAUAAACCAGAGUUCUGUGACCACGUUUAUUCUUGUGGGCUUCUCAGAAUACCCACACCUCGAGCCACCGCUCUUCCUUAUGAUCAUGGCCGUAUACACAGUCACUCUGGUAGGCAACGCCGGCAUAAUUGUGGUCAGAAGGAUCAAUCCUAAGCUUCAUACACCCAUGUACUUUUUUCUGGGCCAUCUUUCAUUUUUGGAUAUAUGUUAUUCUAGUGUAUUUACACCAAAAUUACUGGAGAUCUUGGUUGUAGAACAGAGAACUAUCUCUUUAAAAGGUUGCAUGGCUCAGUUUUUCUUUGGCUGUGCAUGUGUGAUUACAGAGAUGUUCAUGUUGGCAGUGAUGGCCUAUGACAGGUUUGUGGCUGUUUGCAACCCCCUGCUCUACACUGUGGCUAUAUCUCAUAAACUCUGUGCAUUCUUAGUAGCUGGAAGCUAUAUGUGGGGUGGUCUGUGUGCUGUGAUACUCACAUACACUCUCUCAGAGCUGUCGUACUGUGGAUCUGGCAUCAUCGAUCACUUUGGCUGUGAGUACUCUGCCAUCAUCUCUGUAUCCUGUUCUGACUCCUCAUUCAGCCAGAUGGCAUGCUUAGUCAUUUCUAUAUUAAGUGAAGGUACUAGCCUUCUUAUCACCAUGGCCUCCUAUGUCUUCAUAGUCAUUACUAUCAUCAAAAUGCCUGCUAAAGGUGGACUCCAAAAAGCUUUCUCCACCUGUACUUCUCAUCUGACUGCCAUUAGCAUCUUUCAUGGAAUCAUCCUCCUUCUGUACUGUGUGCCCAAUGCAAACAGCUCACGGCUCCUGGUUAAAGUGGCAACUGUGCUCUAUACUGUCCUGAUCCCCAUGCUGAACCCCCUCAUCUACAGCCUAAGGAACAAGGAUGUGAAGGAGACAGUCAAGAGACUCAUCAGCUCAAAGCUGCAAUCUCACUCAAUAUAA